CCCUCGUUCAGAGAGAGUCUCGGAAGACGAAAAGCAGCAGCCAAAAAUUGUGGCCGCGAACGGAGGCGACCGCGCCGACGGCCACACCGCACGAGCUCUUCGCCUCCGUCCCUCUUCCCCUCCCCGCCGCCGGCCUCUCGCUCCGCCCCUGGCAGGAGGCAGGUCCUCCGCCUCACCCCGCGUCCUGUAUCCAGGGCUCAAGGCUCCAGCUUCAGGCCGCCCCCUUACAUCUCGCAUUCGCGGAAGGUAGUUUCAGGGCAACGUUAUGGAAUGCUUAACAGCAAGUUUUCCAAGAAAUGUGGGAAAAGAGCACAACUUCGUAUGUUCAAGUAAGUUGGGGUCUGAAAACCAAUGGGUUCCCAGAAGGAUCUGCUGCUAUGUCCCCAGUUCGACAAACUCCAGUCAACAGCACAAGUUCACUACUACGACAUAUCCCAUGAGCCCAACUAUUGGAAGACGUUCACGCUGGAGAUCCUUUGCAGCAAGUUUGAACUUAGAAGAUGGCCCUGCACCCUCCGACUCAACUUCUUCAGAUGGUGAUGCAUCUGAAAAUCCGCUUUCCCAAAAGCUGAGCUCUGAUGAGUUGAAGUCUCUUUUGGCUGAUUCAGAACGAAGUAAGCUUUUGAGGAGGCUCAGUGAAGCAAAUCAAUAUAACCGGUUCCUCAAGAGACAGUUGCAACUAAAGGAUGAUGCAGUCGUAAAGUUCAAAAGUGAACUUGCCGCUUUGGAACUAGAACUGCAGGCUCUGGUUGGCCUAGCCGAAGAGAUUGCUAAUUUUGAUGUUCCGUUAGGGUCUAGGAAGAUAAAUGGAAAAUAUAUUCAAUCUCACCUUCUCUCCAGAUUAGAAGCUGUUCAUGGUAAGGUUAUGGACCAGAUAAAGGAUGUUGACUCUUUAAAGCCCCAAGAAAUUUCUGUAUACUGGGUUGGCAUGGCCGAGAAUGUGCAGAUUAUGGGCUCGUUCGACGGAUGGUCCCAGGGUGAGACAAUGUCCAGGGAGUAUUCAGGUGACUAUGGAAGAUUCUCUGCGACUCUGAAGCUAAGACCUGGAAGGUAUGAGAUCAAGUUCUUGGUCGAUGGGGAGUGGAGAUUGUCACCUGAAUACCCCAUGGCUGGCGAGGGACUGACGCAGAACAAUAUUAUUGUCGUGGAGUAGCAGAUUUUUCUCCUCUAGCAUUUUAGUAAUUCUGUAGAGCUAAAACCGUGCCGAAGUGUAUCCCCAUGCCUUCUUACACCUGUAAUAUUUUGCUACCGUGCUGUUGCCUCACAGAACUCAAUGUUUUGUGAAACGCAAGCCUCCAGAAGCAUGAUGUAUAUUUGGCACUCAAGAUUAUCUAGCCCUCUGUUCAUAUCUA